AAAGGCAGCGCUCACGCGGGGAGAGCUUUGUGUCCCGUGCGGCCGGCGCGCGCCGUACGCGUCUGGUCGCGCUCGGCGGAGAGAGCCGUUGGAGGAGGACGGAGCGCCGCGACGCGCCGCGCUCUCCCCGAAGCCAAUACUCGCGGGCGGCGCGUGCUAGCUGCGCAUUGACCGCCGCCGUGCGUGCGUGGCUCGCUGCGCUCCUUGUUGCUCUGGUGACGCGUCGUCGUCGUGAGCGUGUGUGCGCGCGCGCGCGUGGUUCGUGUGGUGGGACGCCCCGUGACAAGCGCGGCGGGCCCGGUGCACCAUGUGAGGCGAGCAUGCGUCUCGCCUUCGGAGCUCUGCUCGUCGUCGCCCUGUGGUCAACGUCGUCGUUGAGCGGACUGUCGUCGAGGCCAGGAGCAGUAAUGGUAGCAGCAGCGGCAGUAGUAGCGGGACAAGGACGAGUGGCCGUGACCGCGCAGCCGGAAACGGAAGCGGAACUGUUGGCGAAGCACGUGUGCAGCCGCUACGAGAUGCGGCUCCGAUGCGACGAGGGAGAGCUGGUGGCGAUCCACGACGCCAUGUACGCCAGCGAACCGCCACCGGACGCGCCACCACCGAGACCUGGCUGCGGAUCGGUCUUCGAGACUACCGAAGACGGAGCCACGGCCACAUCCGUAGCCUCAGCUGCAAGCCCGUGCCAGCAGGACCUCCGCCUCGCGCUAAAUAGCAGGUGUUCAGGCGAGGUGCACUGCCUGUUCAGCCUGAGCCGGGACCAGGCCGAGCGGCGUUGCCGAGGCGAGGGCUCGCUGCUGGUGCGAUACCGCUGCUUGAACGAGCGCUCGCUGAUGCAAAAGUGUGGCACCCACUUGCGUUCUCCGACCGAGGGCUACCUGUCCUCCCCCGGUUUCCCGCACUUCUACCCUGCGCUGUCCAACUGCUCCUGGCUCCUGGAGGCGUCGCCGGGACAGACCAUCGUGCUCAGGAUACUCGACGUGUCCAUCAGGCCGCCCAGGCCCGGCGCUCCGGGACCACUGCUCGACUCGCUGAGCGAGUCCGACUGCAUCGAAGAUGCUUUGAGCGUGCUGGAGUCCGGCCGGCCACUGCUGGUCGCCUGCGGGGAGUCACGGCUCAGCCUUCGAACCCUGCGUUCCACGGGGCGCCGACUAGUGGUCCGCUUCCGCACCAGGAGCUUCGUGCCGGCCAGAGGGUUCCUGCUCAAGUACAAGUUCAUGGGUUGUCCGACGCCGCCGGCUCCUCGGCUGGGAUACCUGGUGCACCGCGCUGAGGAGACGGCGCUGUACAAGUGCUGCAAGGACCAUAUGUUCAACGACACGCAGAUGGACACCAGGACGCUGGUGUGCCUCCGUGGAAACACGUGGAACGACAGUGUCCCGGAGACGUGCACGCCCCGCCUGUCGGUGACGUCAGACGACACCGUCCUGGAAGAAGUGGAGGAACCAGUGCUUCAGGGUCGCAAGCACCCCGACGAAGAUGACGAGGGUGAUUUUCUCUCCACCCAAUUUCUCGCAGAUGUCCUGGUGCCUUGCUUGGCCAUGGUGUUCCUGCUGCUGGGGAACGCCGUGGUCGUUGUCGUCAUUUUCAAACUGAAGAGGAAACGACGGCGGCGCCUGGCCAGCGUCGUCCACCAGCCGGACAUCGCCCUGCUCGUGCCGCCGCAGCGCACCGAACCGCCGCCCUGGAAGCACGGCUGAUCGACGGGGCCGGCUGCGCAGCAGUGCGCGCGACAGCAACAACACUGCGGAGUCCGGCACGCGACAACGACGACAACACGCGACAACGACGACAACACGCGACAACGACGACAACACGCGACAACGACAACAACACGCGAGACGUGGCUCGAGCAGGCGGAAGCGCGCCUUUGAGUCCCGACCGUUAUCAAUAUGGCGGGCAGUCUCGGGGCAACGGUCCAGCCUACGGCAGAGCCAGAACGCCAGCGCGAGUGACAGCUUUGUAGAAGGAAGCUAAGGUAAAGUCUUCGAGCUAGGUCACCGAGGGAAAGAAGGCCUACCUGGUGCGCAACUCUGAGAGCUAAGCUCUUCAGCGAGGAUGUAUCAACAAGAAGGACGUGUAAGAGGUGACCUCUGAAGAGACGCGCUCUCGAAGGAGAAGGUCUUGAGGGGGGAAAAAUUAAGCAUAGGAGGCAAACGCUUGGAAGAGUAAUCCGCGAGGAGAAGUGCCGUGAAGGUGUACGCCGUUCGAGGACAAACCUUCAGAGACAAGUCGUUGAAGACGCCCUCCAAAGACAAGCCUUGUGAAGCAGGUUUUGUAGAGUCGUGUCCUUCAAGGAAGGUGCGAGAAAUGACUUCUUGGAGGUACACAAUCUUCAAGGACAAACCUUUGGAGACAAGUCGUUUAAGGCACACUUCCUCUAAAAGCAAGCCAUGGGAAGCAAGCUCGUCUAGAAGCAUGUUCUACUCUCUGUUAUAGGCGACCUCACGAAGCGGAAUAUCUUCCUCACCUCUAUAUAGAUUUAGUGGUGAGAAAAUGUGUUUUGGUCAGCAAUGGGUGCAAAGCUUUGAGAGCUGGGUCUUCGUUGUAUACUCUGUUCCUGGUGACUAUAAGCUCGCGGAAGUUGUGCGUCUCAGGACAGUACGGCACCCGCCCGGCGUUACCACUGCCGUGUCUUGAUUACCACAAGCAGCGUUGCUGAUGGACCGGUGACCAAAUCAAAUCUCUUACGCUUUCAGAUCACAGAAGAAAGCAGCCGAACAAAGCAACGCAGUCAGCAAUCAACCGGUGGUGUCUGGUCCAAAAUCGGCGCUAUUUAUUUACCCUCGCCGAAGUACGACUUUACGAAUCACGUUACGAAUCACGAAACAUUCGGUAGUGUACACAUAUUCAUUUCGCGACUUGAUUAGCCUUUUUUAGUGUCGUUGGGAAGCACGCUGAGUAAGGUGCUAAAUAUUCGCGAGAGCGAUGCUCCACAAAGCACGAAAUGACAAUCUCCUUCUAUAUUCCCUUGAUAUAUGCUGAUAGCAAUGAUAAGCUAGAUGUAUAUUGUUACGUUUCUACAUUCCUAGGACAGUGUUGUGGAGGCUCCUUUUUCGGGAGUAAGCACUCGUCCCAAAUUUAACGCCAUUUCCGAGAGCUAUUGUACUCUUCCACAAGAAGAGAGAGAGAGGAGGAGGUUGUUAAUGAAAGUUGAAGAUGUUAGCCCUGCUUUAAUCUGGGCUUGCUUGCUACUUCAAAUGGGGAGAUUGAAAUAACAAAAGAUACAAAAUAAUAAUAGCGGAAAAAAACAAAUCAAGCCUGGAUGACAAAAGGUCGAAGGAUGUCUGUAAGUAGUGAGUGGCUUAUGUAUGUCGAGCUUUCGAGACUUGGUUAGCGCCUUUAGUUCUGUCCCAAGAUCUUAGAAAAUCGCUAGCUUGAAUUUGUCCUCGUAGUGUAUUUGACCUCGUAAUGCAUUAAUCCUCGUACGGUAUUUGUCUCCUCUUAUUUUGAGUACACGGAGUACAUGAAGUCUGUGGUGGAGUACUAAAACUCCUGAAAUGAAGUUAAAUUGGGGGACAAGCACAUGCCCAAACCAAAGGAGUUCCCUGCGCACCUUUUCCUUCUUUUUAAGAAUCUAGAAGUGUAGAAACCCCGUGGGAAAGAGCCCUGUUAUAACUAGCUUAAACGCAUUUAGCGGACGCGGUGUGCAUAUUUGUAUAAUUGUUUUAGAUAAUUCACUCUGUCCGCGAAUUUUCCGACUUCUUUAGAGUAUAUUGGUAGAGUGGGCCUGUGUAAGGUAAGCAUGUAGUUCGCUUGAUUCUAUUCCGCUCUUAUAACACACCGCUCGCCCAUGUCCUGCUGAUGUGCAGCUGGAGUGAACAGUGACAAAGCGCGGAAAAGAAACGGGUUAAAACAGAAUUGUUACACUAUACCGGCCGUAGUUUGCGAUCUUGUAGAAGGGUUCAGAUGAAGCGAAGUGCAGGAAAACAGACGCGGACGACACAAUCGUCUGUCCUGCUCUGAUACACUGCCAGGUGUUCCGCCAUGUUUACGCUUUCAGCCAAUCGGAGAGGACGCAGCCGCUCUGUCAGCCAAUCGGUGCUGACGAAGUGGCGAAUUCGGCAAUAAUGGGGCAACUUGACAGUAUUCGGAACAGCACACAUGACCACUUAAUCGUUUGCCUUUCAUUCCGGCAUGGUGUCUCGCCGAAAUACCAUUAUGUUCGUUUUCUGCAAUGUUGCGAAAACGAACUUUGAAUUAUGCGAGAUCAUUCCAGAGAGUACGAGAACGCUUCACCGGUAAUUUAUGCAACCUCUAGUCGAUUUGUUCGAGCUCUAUAUAUAGAUGAAUAUAUUUCAAUACAUAUGUGCAGAUCCAUUUAUUUUAUUGCAUCUGUGACACACACUAGUGACGAAGGUUAUGAAAAAGGAAACGUAUAAUAUAUGGGUAAUAGGAGUGUUAUAUCAUGAAUUAGUAGGUUGUCGCCGCAAGAGAGGGUUGCCAAGAUCACGUAGUGAAUCAAUAAAGCCACUUUCUACCAUUA